AUCCUCAUCAAAUCCUCACCUAGGCUCUCAGUGUAUCCAGAUCCACAUCUUCACUGGAGCCGGGAGAUGGAAAGAGGAAAGGGGGGGGAGAAAAAAAAAAAAAAAACCCAACAACUUAGCGGAAACUUCUCAGAGAAUGCUCCAAAACUCAGCAGUGCUUCUGGUGCUGGUGAUCAGUGCUUCUGCAACCCAUGAGGCGGAGCAGAAUGAUUCUGUGAGCCCCAGGAAAGCCCGGGUGGCAGCUCAGAACUCAGCUGAAGUGGUUCGCUGCCUCAACAGCGCUCUGCAGGUUGGCUGUGGAGCUUUUGCAUGCCUGGAAAACUCCACCUGUGACACAGAUGGGAUGUACGACAUCUGUAAAUCCUUCUUGUACAGCGCUGCUAAAUUUGACACUCAGGGAAAAGCAUUUGUCAAAGAGAGCUUAAAGUGCAUCGCCAACGGGGUCACCUCCAAGGUCUUCCUGGCCAUUCGGAGGUGCUCCACUUUCCAGAGGAUGAUUGCCGAGGUGCAGGAGGAGUGCUACAGCAAGCUGAACGUGUGUAGUGUCGCCAAGCGGAACCCUGAAGCCAUCACGGAAGUCGUCCAGCUCCCUAAUCACUUCUCCAACAGAUACUAUAACAGACUUGUCCGAAGCCUACUGGAAUGUGACGAAGACACAGUCAGCACAAUCAGAGACAGCCUGAUGGAGAAAAUCGGACCCAACAUGGCCAGCCUCUUUCACAUCCUGCAGACAGACCACUGUGCCCACACACACCAGCGAGCUGACUUCAACAGGAGGCGUGCCAACGAGCCACAGAAGCUGAAAGUCCUCCUCAGGAGCCUCCGAGGUGAGGUGGCCUCUCCCUCCCUCAUCAAACGCACCUCCCACGAGAGUGCAUAGCCGGGGAGAGGUAUUCACAACCUCACCAAACUACGAUCAUUUUAAGGGUGUUCGCUCACCAACUUCGAGUGUACUGUGCCUGGUUUGAUUUUUUUAAGUAGUUCCUAUUUUCUAUCCCCCCCCUUAAAAAAAAAAUUGCAUGAAACUAGGCUUCUGUAAUCAAUCUCUCAACAUUCUUCGAUGGCGGCAUUCUCACCAACAGAACACGUGUGAUCUUUCUGCCUCUCCUCAGGAGAAAGUGGCCUCUUUUACCACUUUCCUCUACCAGGUCUUUUCCCAGCUCCCCUCCAAUGACUCUCAAACACAAAACAUUCAUGUAAUUCCCCAGACUUUGUAAUUUGAAGAUGUGGAACCCUUUAGAAUGGUUGCCCCAGUAGAGUUAGCUGGUAAGAAGCAACUUAAUUUAAAUGCAUGUCUUAAAAUGCUCAUAAAGAUGCUCAGUGGAAUUCGUGUUAUGAAUCUGUGCUGGCCAUGGACGAAUAUGAAUGUCAUAUUUGAAUUCUUGAUCUCUCAUGAGCUAGUGUCUUACGGUCUUGAUCUUCAAUGUCUAAUUUCCUUCCCAACACAUUUACCAAAUUGCUCGAGCCUGGCUCUCCAACCAGACUUGGAGCCUGCAUCUUCUUGCAUCUAAUGAAAAACAAAAAGCUAACAUCUCUAUGUACUGUAACUGCUCAGAGCUUUAAAAGUAUCUUUAACAAUUGUCUUAAAUCCAGAGAAUCUUAAGGUCUAACUGUGGAAUAUAAAUAGGUGAAAACUAAUGUACUGUACAUAAAUUCCAGAGGACUCUGCUUAAACAAAGCAGUAUAUAAUAACUUUAUUGCAUAUAGAUUUAGUUUUGUAACUUAGCUUUAUUUUUCUUUUCCUGGGAAUGGAAUAACUAUCUCACUUCCAGAUAUCCACAUAAAUGCUCCUUGUGGCCUUUUUUAUAACUAAGGGGGUAGAGGUAGUCUUAUUCAACAUCAGAACUUAAGAUGGGCCUGUAUGAGAUAGGAAAAACCAACAGGUUUAUCUGAAGGACCCCAGGCAAGAUGUUCAUCUCCCAGCCCACCUCAACCCAGAGGCUCCUCUUGACUUAGACCUAUUCUGAAACAGCUCUGUCACAUCCAACUGAGAAUUACAGGAACCAAAAAGAGCAUCCCUUUGGGCUUGGACCACUUAGAGUGUGAUAAGGCCUGCUAUACCUUGGGAAGUGGCAGUUCUUGACUUUCUGCCUUUCAUCAGUGCCUGGUACUCUGGCAGCCUGAUGAUGGGGUAGGAGGCUUUCCAUUAACUCAAUCAGGAAUGAGUCAAUCAGCCUUUGGGUCUUUAGUUUGGGGGACUUGGGGCUGAGGGGGUAUAAAUAACCCUGGGCUGUCCAGCCUUAAUAGACUCCUCUUACAUUUUUGUCCUGUAGCACGCUGCCUGCCAAAGUAGUCCUGGCAGCUGGGCCAUCUCUGUAGGAU